AGGGGUGUUGUUGAUCUAGUGGGUGGAGACCAGGGCUGCUGCUAAACAUCCCAAGCUGCACAGGACAGUCUUUCACAACAAAAAAAUUUAGUCCAAAAUGUCAAUUGCGGCAAGGUUGAGAAACCCUGAUGUAGCCUAUUUAUACAGCUUUUAACCAGGCUAAAUUGCCUCACUGGGCAGCGUCUUCCAGAGGCCGCUCCCUCAUCCCCAGGAAAGACUGGAGGAACCGCAGAAGUGACAAGAAUCCCGGGACUGUUUUACCUUCCCUUUGUCCCUAAUGCUCCUCUUUUUUCUGAGCAGCACCCUGCUUGCCCACCCUACUCGGGACGCCUGCCCACAAGAAGGGCAGGAAGCCAGACUUAAAGCGCCAAUGGGCUAAAAGCCUGGUCUGACUGGGAAAUGGACCGAUCGCCUGCCAAGAGUUCGCGUCUUGUUACCUAGAGAGGAAAGUUUUCUCAAAGUGAGGGCUGGAACAGCAUUUCACGCCAAACCAAGAGAAAGACUAGAUUCCAGAGGCUCAAAGUUAAAGAAAAUCUGAUUUGCCGCCACUAGCUUUGCAUUUUAAAGGGCAAGGAGGAGAAGGAAGAAGGGGAGGGUCAGCCCCACCGCUUGCACUACCCAGAGUCUAGCCGUCCAUUGUGGUGGUGGCCGAGGCAGCACCACUGCUCCAGGAUUCUGCUCCGAGGACUCGCAGGGGGCGCAGGAUCGCGCCGCGUCACCCGGAGCAGCAAAGGGGCCCACCCGGAGCAAGUAAGUAACUUUCACGGGCUCCAGUGACCCGGGCGGGGGAGUGAAACUUGCCUGACGCUCUUCAGUGUCUUCCUGCUCCGCCGCAGCCAACCCGCACGGCCAUCCUCUCUGCACCUCGUCCCAGUCUGUGUCCUCCGCGUGGGGUCGGUCCGGAGGCUGCAGGGGCCCCGCGGGAAGGAGCUCAGGGGGCGGGGGCCGGACAGACUGAGGGAGGCCGCUGGCCGGCCGGGGUCGCUGCGCCCCUCAAAGAACCUCGGUCUACCCUGUGUCCUCAGAGAACAUGUUAGCUGUGCACUUUGAUAAGCCGGGAGGACCAGAAAACCUUUACUUGAAGGAAGUGGCCAAGCCAAGCCCAGGAGAGGGUGAAGUCCUCCUGAAGGUGGCAGCCAGCGCCCUGAACCGGGCGGACUUACUCCAGAGACAAGGCCAGUAUGCCCCACCCCCAGGAGCCAGCAACAUUUUGGGACUCGAGGCAUCUGGACACGUGGCAGAGCAGGGGCCUGGCUGCCAGGGACACUGGAAGAUUGGGGACCCAGCCAUGGUUCUGCUGCCUAGCGGGGGCCAGGCUCAGUAUGUCACUGUCCCUGAAGGGCUCCUCAUGCCCAUCCCGGAAGGACUGACCAUGCCCCAGGCUGCAGCCAUCCCAGAGGCCUGGCUCACCGCCUUCCAACUGUUACAUCUCUUGGGAAAUGUUCAGGCUGGAGACUCUGUGCUAAUCCAUGCAGGAGCAAGUGGUGUGGGCACAGCUGCCAUCCAACUUACCCGGAUGGCUGGAGCUAUUCCUCUGGUCACAGCUGGCUCCCAGCACAAGCUUCAAAUGGCAGAAAAGCUCGGAGCAGCUGCUGGAUUCAAUUACAAAGAAGAGGAUUUUUCUGAAGCAACACUGAAAUUCAGCAAAGGCGCUGGAGUCAACCUUAUUCUAGACUGCAUAGGCGGCUCCUACUGGGAGAAAAAUGUCAACUGCCUGGCUCUUGAUGGUCGCUGGGUUCUCUAUGGUCUGAUGGGAGGUGCUGACAUCAGUGGGCCUCUGUUUUCAAAGCUGCUUUUUAAAAGAGGAAGUCUGAUCACCAGUCUGCUAAGAUCUAGGGACAAAAAGUACAAGCAGAUGCUGGUGAAGGCUUUCACAGAGCAAAUUCUGCCUCACUUCUCCACGGGGAACCCUCAACGUUUACUGCCGGUUCUGGACAGAGUCUACCCCAUAACUGAAAUCCAAGAAGCCCAUGCGUACAUGGAGACCAACAAGAAUGUGGGCAAAAUCGUCCUGGAGCUGCCCCACUGAAGGAGGAGGGGCAGUACAGGACAAGGCUACCUCAGGUCUUCCAAGAGCAAACUUGGAGAAAAUUCACAGUACUCAGGCGACCGGGUGCUACACCAGGCUCGCCUGUAAUCCCCUAUUCCUCUCCCAGCCUCAAAUGAUCAGUGUAAAGCCGGUCUAAGGAAAUAAAGAGUGGACUUGAA